AUGCCAGAAGAAACAGUUCGACCUGCUUUUGAAGGCCGUGAGCGCCCACUUCUUUCCUAUGGCAUCGACUUUCCCACAGCAACAGCACAGCAUCUCAACAGCACAUUCCAGGCUUCGCGUGUAUAUGUGAUCUGCUCGGGGUCAUUGGCGCGAAAUAUCAAUGUAAUGGACCAGCUUGAGACUGUGCUGGGGCCGGAUAAGCUGGUCGGUCAUUGGAUUGGUAUGCGGAGCCACACUUUAUGGUCAGAGGUGCUGCAGAUUGCUGAAGAGGUUAGAACUGCGCAUGCUGAUAUACUCUUGACGGUUGGAGCUGGCAGCUUGACGGAUGGCGCCAAGAUCACUGCAUUGGUCCUCGCAAACGAAGUCAGCACACCAGAAGAGCUUGAAACCCUUGCAGAAGGCCCCAGAAGGCGACUAGAAAUCAAAGCACCAACUAUUCCGAUCAUUUCCGUACCAACAUCUCUCUCCGCCGGCGAAUACUCCAACUUUGCAGGCGGCACGGAAGACCACUCAAAGCGCAAAUACAGCUUCCAGUCACCGAUUCGGGGACCAGAGCUGAUUAUUCUCGAUCCGAAGCUGGCGGAAACGACUCCCGAUUCAAUUUGGCUUAGUACAGGUGUACGCGCAAUCGAUCAUUGUGUCGAAAAUCUGUGUUCCACAUCAGGUACGACCACGACGUCAGACAAACUGGCCCAGGGUGCGCUGAAAUUGUUGGUCCCUGGUCUCUUGCGCUGUAAAAUGGACCGAUCAGACCGUGAUGCGCACCUACAAUGCCAGCUUGGAUCAGUGGAUGCUAUGGCAGCCUGUACGAGUGGUUCAAUUGAAUUGGGUGCUAGUCAUGGGAUUGGACAUCAGCUUGGUCCACUGGGUGUCGGCCACGGUGAAACCAGUUGUAUCUUGCUCCCCGCCGUGUGUAAGUUCAAUGCUAAGUACAAUGCCAACCGCGAAAAACAAGCUAGCGUGCGCCAAUUUCUGAUUCAAGAUCCGGUUGUAUUGGAGGUGCUACGUGCCCGCUCGGUCACGGUGGAAGAAUCCGACUUGGGCGAUAUUUUGGAUGUCAUCAUACGCGAAUUGGGAAUGCCUCGGUCCUUGAGCGAGGUCAAAGUUGGGCGGGACCAAUUGGAUGGACUGGCAGAGAAUAGUCUGCAUGACCGUUGGUGCAAGACAAACCCAGUGCCACUGGAGGAGAAGUCUCAGGUAUUGGAGAUCCUAGAGAUGGUAGCUUAA